AGCUAAAAAAGGAAGGAUUCGUGCCAAUAUGUUCUUGUGAGAUCGAACGUUCUCUGGGUUCUUCCUGCAGAAGAUUUUUCUUCUUUCCUCUUGAGUAUCGUGUGUUGAGAGGCACAGCGGAAGAAGAAAGACCCUAAUUUUGAUAUUUGGAUUUGUUGUAUCGAUGGCUUCGUUGCUGGCUCGCAAGUCCUUCAAUGCUCUCCGAGCUCGACAUCUCGCUUUUUCAGGGCAAGCUUUACAGGGAUCUCAUCUCUGUUUGCUACAGUCUCGUGCUAUAUCUUAUGGAAGCAACAAAGAUGAUAGAGAAGCUGAGCAGCUUGCUAAAGAGAUCUCCAAGGACUGGAGUACUGUCUUUGAACGGAGCAUCAACACCCUUUUUCUCACUGAAAUGGUCAGGGGUUUGUCGCUGACCCUCAAGUACUUCUUUGAUCCAAAAGUUACAAUCAAUUACCCUUUUGAGAAGGGUCCAUUGAGCCCUCGCUUCCGUGGUGAGCAUGCUCUUCGUAGGUAUCCUACUGGGGAAGAACGCUGCAUUGCCUGCAAACUAUGUGAAGCUGUAUGUCCAGCUCAAGCAAUCACAAUAGAGGCAGAGGAGCGGGAAGAUGGAAGCCGCAGAACCACUAGGUAUGAUAUCGACAUGACAAAGUGCAUCUACUGUGGUUUCUGCCAAGAAGCUUGCCCUGUUGAUGCAAUCGUUGAAGGACCAAACUUUGAGUUUGCAACUGAGACACAUGAGGAACUUCUGUAUGACAAAGAGAAGCUUCUUGAGAAUGGAGAUCGGUGGGAGACAGAGAUUGCAGAGAAUCUGAGGUCGGAGAGCCUCUAUCGCUGAAUAUAUAAUCUGAAUGCCUUUUGCUAAUUCUUCAGAAAACAUUUUCCUUUGCUUCAGUUUACCAAUAAAGGAUACUUCAGCUUCUGCACUGUUAUCUGUAUUGCUUGUAAGUUCAUUACCGAUGGUAAAACCGAUUUUGGUUUAGUUUCCGGUUUGAGCUGUCCUCUAUCGCUGAAUAUAUAAUCUGAAUGCCUUUUGCUAAUUCUUCAGAAAACAUUUUCCUUUGCUUCAGUUUACCAAUAAAGGAUACUUCAGCUUCUGCACUGUUAUCUGUAUUGCUUGUAAGUUCAUUACCGAUGGUAAAACCGAUUUUGGUUUAGUUUCCGGUUUGAGCUGUCCUCUAUCGCUGAAUAUAUAAUCUGAAUGCCUUUUGCUAAUUCUUCAGAAAACAUUUUCCUUUGCUUCAGUUUACCAAUAAAGGAUACUUCAGCUUCUGCACUGUUAUCUGUAUUGCUUGUAAGUUCAUUACCGAUGGUAAAACCGAUUUUGGUUUA